UCGAGGCUGCGGUGGGAAGAAUCCCGGAAGUAUCGUUGGGAGUUACAUUGGAACGUUGUGUAGCUUGCUGUAUAUCUUAUCAGCGAAGAGAAAGUGACACAAAUUUAUCAUUUCACCGCCUUCCGAGUGACCCGAAGGUCCGUUCUGAAUGAAUGGUGAAAAUAAAAAGGGAUAUCAGAGCUUAUUUUCAGCUAAGUUAAGGGAAAUGGCACUAGUUAGCUAGCGUUUUCUUUCCCAAACACACGUUUUAGACGCCAUUUAUCAAACGCGAGUUAAUGAACUUAUUCUUUCACUAUAUUAGACUUGUCACGAUACUGAAUUAAAAGAAAAACCAUCAAUUUCCCGCUAACAUUUAAAGCACUGUAGAUGGCUUUCUUAAAACAGCGCUGAUUUGCCAUUGUGUUCACGUGAUCAACAGAAUAGCUUGUGAUUGGCCGAGAAGGUCAUCAGUUCACCCUCCGCUGUUUACCGAGUACAAACACAGACAGACGAGCGAUCUGCUUGAUGACUCGACUGAUCUUCAUCUUCAUGGCUGCUUCGCGCUCGCGUCUCCGUGUAUCUGUGUUUGCACUGGGUGAAGGGCAGUAAACUGAGUGCAAACACAGAUACAAGGAGACUGGAACGCGAAGCAGCCGUGAAGAUCAGUCGAGUCAUCUGCGCUCAGCGGCGCUUCAAUGUUAACUCAGCGGGAAAUAGAUGGUUUUAAAACUUCAGUACCGGGACAACACUAUUACAGACAACACGAGGGUGUGCUACAGAGGACUGCAGUGUUUUAUCGCUCACUGGGUAACAUAGACUGAAGCAGGGAAGCGUCCCCACGGUGUUUACCUGCUGCCAUGAUCUGAAGCCUAGGAGGACACUUGAGCAUAUUACUCUUAAAGAGAUUGUGAUGUUGUUUGAUGCUAAAUUGCUUUUAAUUUUCUAAAUUAAACUUACUGAAUGAUAUUAAAGUGAUGUUUACACCAGUUCUGCAUUUUGAAAUCUCGGCAACAGCUGGAGGUGUGUACUCCACAUCAUGUUACUGUAAUGUGUACAGUCCUUGUCCUAUACUUCCGGGUUUCUUCCCACCGCAGCCUCGCUUUGGUUCUUUAAAAUGGCGGCCGCGUGAAAUAAGCGUAUGGGUGCGGCUGUAAAAGGACAGCCGGGAUGUCGCCCCUGUUUGGGACAAAAAUGUAAAUAACGAACGUUAUUGAUUGUCUUUGUUGAGUUACGUUUUGUCAAACCUCUACAAAACAUGGAGAUCGUGUUAACAAGUCUAUUUUUCUUAAUAGCCGGGGUGUCUGGUACAGAGAUUGGUGCCGCUCAAUUCAUAUCACUGAUGGAGGGAGAUUCUGUUACUCUACAAACAAAUCUUACUGAAAUACUAAAUGAUGAUACAAUAGUGUGGCUGUUUGGGCCCAAAGAGACUAUGAUUUGUCACAUACAAAGAGCAAAAGAUUUUACCUCACAAUAUGUUACCGAGGAUGUGGAGUUCAGCAGCAGAGUGCAGGUGGAGCAAAAAACUGGAUCUAUCACCAUCAGAAACACUAGAGUCAGACACUCAGGGGAAUAUAAACUGACUGUUUUUAGAGAAAAGACUAUGACCAAGAUAUUUAAUGUUACAGUCCUUGUUGUGGCUGGGGAGAUGGAUGGUGUAAAGUCAGUUUCAAGAUUUGUAAAGGAAGGCGAGUCUGUCACUCUACACACUGAUGAAGAAAUCCCGAAAGACGCCCUGAUGCUGUGGAGGUUUGGAGAUAAUGCCGUUCUCCUUGCAAAAGUUGAUGUUGAGGCCAAUCAGACUUCACUUAAUGAUGACGAAAGAUUCAGAGGCAGACUGAAGGUGGAUCAACUGGGAGCUCUGACCAUCCCAAACACUAAAACCACAGACUCUGGACUUUAUGAACUACAGAUCAGAGGCAUUGAGCGUUUACAGCGAUUCGUUGUUUCUGUCAGUGCGCAUCCAGAUCAAGGUCUUUCUUCCGGUGCUAUUGCAGGAAUAGUAAUAGGUGUUUCUCUGCUGAUUGUGGCCUCAGCUCUGAUUUACUACCCGUGGAGGAUGUUUAAAUUAAAAAAGCAACAAGCCGAAGAGCAAAUUACAGUGAUGGAGGGAGAUUCUGUCACACUGAAAACUGGUCAUACUGAAAUACAGCAGAAUGAGAUAAUAGAGUGGUAUUAUGAAGUUGAACAAAAUGUCAUUGCUGAAAUAAAAGAAGAGACCAGGAAGACACAUGAUGGUGCUGAUGGAAGAUUCAGGAGUAAACUGAGCCUGAACGCCAAUGGGGAUCUCACUAUGAGUAACACCAGGACCAUACAUUCUGGACUCUAUAUAGUGAAGAUCAGGACCAAAACCACCACUAAACCAAUAUACAGUAGAUUCAUUGUCAUCAUCAGUGUGAAUUCAAAGUCAGUACAGGAGCAAGGUACUGUUACUCUCCAGACUAAAGCUGAAAUACUGGGAGAUGAUCUGAUUCUGUGGACCUUUGGAGCUGAAAAUUGUCUUGUUGUUCGAGCCGCUUCAGACAACACUAGUUUUGGAGAGAGAUUCAGAGACAGAGUCCAGCUGGAUCAUCAGACUGGAUCUCUGAUCAUCACAAAUAUCACAAAUAAAGACUCUGGACUUUUUAAACUACAGAUCACCAACAGCGAGAAGACCAGAUUCAGGAGAUUUAAUAUGAAGAUUACUGCUUCCACAGGAGUUGGAUCAGCGACUGUAUUGACACCGCUGAUAGGUGGAGAUGUUAUGGAUGGAGAGAAUGAGCAGCAGACAAGUUCACUUUAAUAAGAUAAGACACACCCACCAGUGUCAAUCACAGGGACAUCAUCAACAUCCGACCUCAGCAACAAACCUUUAUUAAAGUAUGAAAUGGAAUCCUGGAAAAACAAAACCCCCUGCAACAUUCUGGGAAGGUUAGUGUUUGGCUUCCCGAACAUUCUUACUUGGUUCCCCAAAAAUUAACCAAAUGGGAAUCAAAACUGGAACUGUAUAGUUACUUUAGAUCAGAGAUGCCCAAACUAGGGCCUGUGGUCUGUUGAUAUGGCCCACCAUGACAUUUGAGAAAAGAGGGAAAAUGGCCAAUUAUCUUUGACAGAUCGUCAUUUCAAAAUUUAAAGAGCCCAUAUUAUACAUGAAAUAGGGUCAUAUGUAGGUUGUAAGGGUCUCCAACAACAGUCUAAUAUGCAUGCAAGGUCAAAAAACACUUUCAUGCUCUUAAAAUCUGCAUUUAGUUUUACCUAAUUAUCCCAGCGACUCCCAUAUGAAUCGUUCAGCGAUUCAUUUGUUCCCAAACCCCUCCUCAGCGCGAAGCUAAUCUGCGCUGAUUGGACCGAUGACAGCCUGCUGCGAUUGGUCGACACGGACAAGGCUUCAGCGCAAGACAGAGUGAAAUGCCCAGCAGCUAAUCAACAAUAUAAAAGUAGUCACAGUUCAUACACGCUUUAUAGUGUAAGGCGUGGAUUUUGGCUGCCAGUGGGUGAAUGUAAACACAGACGAUGGACUAGAAAAUACUGACGACUAACUAUUUUAUUGAGCAAAAAGUCCAAGAACUGACGAGGAGAUCUCCUAGCCCGUCGCAGACUACUUGCUCUUUUCACACACACACAGGGCCGGCGCGUCCAUAGAGGAGACCUAGGGCGGCAGAAUAGAGAUGGCACGGCACUCAGUUAUAUCCGAGAAUCGCUCCGUUAUAUCCGCGGCGCUCAGUUAUAUCCCAUCCCCCCCGGUCUUCAAAUUCAACCGCGACACCCCCCGGUCAUCAUUGUACUAGCGGGUCCCUUUCGUUUUCACUAUUGGGUCGAGGGCGGCGUGAUCAUCCAGCCUAGAGCGUUACACACACGAGGAGAAACACAAACACACACACAUUACCCUCAGAGGAGACACACACACACACAUUACACUCAUCCCCGAGGACACGACACACACGCCUAGAGCGCCAGUUCAGCUUGCUGGGUGCAAUUUAUACACCUCACCUCGAACCUGAGCUGAACUAUUUUGAAACUUGACCGUUGCAUGCGUGUAGCAACAGCUGACGAUGUAUAAACAAAGCGGCACGCAUCACAUUUUCAACGUGACUUUACACGCGAUAUGAAAAUAAAGAGUUAACCUGAUACAGUACACGCGGUUACAAGUAACAAAACACAACUAAAUACAUCAUUUGCAAGAUAGAGUAAACGAGGCAACAAUUUUAAUCGCACGUACUUACACUUGUGAAAUGGGGGUAGAAACUGAUUCAUGAUGCACUGAUCCAUGUUCUGACAGUCUAUACUGAUCCUUCCUUUAACAAACUGAUGAAGUCUUCUUUGUAAGCAUGUAGUUUCCAGAAGCACUCAAUCUGCUCAAGGCUGGGCUAUAUUGCUGAGGUUUCAUCUUUAAUUAGACUGUCAAUAAUAUCCAUCUGCACAGCGUGACUUCAUUCGACCGGUGUCUGUCUGUGUGUCUGUGUGUGUCUCUGUGUGUGAGACUUUUUUUCUGUUAGUGGGCGGGGCCGCAGGUUUCAAAUCUCCCGGGUUUGCGCCCGCAACUACUUGUGUUUCGUGGCCGCGUCAUCACGAAACACCUAAUGACUCGUUAUCAAGACGACUCAUUUGAAGCACUGUGAGUCGACUCUUUUAUAGAUUAAUUAAUGGUUUUAAACACUGUACAGUUACAGAUUUAAGCCUUAGCUGGACAUUUCACUUCACUUAGAGCUGUGUGACACACUACAUGGAAUGGCAUUUUCAAAAACCCAUAAUAUGGGCUCUUUAAUGUAACAUUUUGUUUGUGUGCUUUUGUAAUUUGUUUUGUUUUGUAAAUGAAUCAGAUUUUUAAAAAUGUAAAUACAGUACUGUCACUUGACUAAUAGAAUGCAUAAGACAUCAGCAAACAAAUCAAGGCAAAGGCAGGUGCAGUGUAUUAGUGUAUUCAGUAUUGAACUCCAUUGUGUUAUUAAAUGGAUUGUUUAUGUUUUUACUGUAA